AUGGCAAGAAGCAGAAGCACAUCCCCCACAUCCCCCCAUAACAACCCAUCCUACCCCUCCCGUCCUCCUCUACUUCCACAGUCCUCCCUCCCCCGCGACCGCAGUGUCUCUCCAACAACCCAUUCCCACGGCACCAACACCGGCCUCCAACGAACAACCUUCGAAUCCCGACAAUCAUCAGCAGCAUCCAGAAGUACCUCCCGUCAUACGGCCGGUAGGAAUCGAAGUAAUUCUCGAGGAACACCUGUGAUUUCCUCACCUAUCCGGGGUAGAUCUAUUGUUCAACAGUUACCGACUACGGGCGUUAAUACUAAUAGUGUUAAUGCUCCGCCGUCGAUAUUUUCACAUUCUGGACCUUAUUAUUUGAGGAGGUCGAAUAGUGAUAAUGCUUUAUCACAUAAUUUUAAGAAGUCUUUACACGGUGGUGGUGGUGGUAGUGGUGCUGCUGGAAGAAGUGGUAGUCCACCCGGUGGGAGGGAUAGUAGUACGGUUUGGACGAAUACCAUAGCCACGAUCUCCGCGGCGACGAGAUUAAAACCAGCGGUAUUACCACCGUCAUUCGGAGAACCUAGUUUACCGGCCGGGUUGGAGGCGGAUAAAGAAGAGAAGAUUAAGGAGUAUUAUAAGGAAUGUGGGCUGGAUUUCGAAUCGUUGGAUAAAGCUGAGGUUUUUGAGGUUGUGGAUGAGAAGUUGACGGGGAAGGAGAUUAAGAACUUUGUGGUGGAUUUUGGGAGGGAGAGCGCUUGGGUUGCUACUGAUGUUGAGGAAGCGAAAACUGAGGCUUUGUUGGGGAGUUGGGAGGAAGGGAGGCGACCUGGGGAGGUGGGGACUAGGUGGAUUGCGAUAUUUGAUGCGCAUAAACAGGGCGAUUUUUUGAAUAAAAUAUUGUUAAAGUACGGACUAUCCACAAGAUUAAGAGCUACGAUGCUAUCUCCUCCCGGUCGUGGUAAUCUCGAAAUCGCACAGAAGGUCUGGCACUGGUCUACUGUCGAAUACGGUUCUCAAUUCCUCGCCGUGGGCUUCAACAUGCUACAUAACACCGUCUCCCGCAAGAUCCUGAAGCGUGCACGCGAAGACCUUCACGACACCGCAAUCCUCCAAGAAGCCGCUCGUUUAAACCCAGAUGCCACCCGCGAGGAUCUAUCAACGUGGCUUAAAAACCUUUUAAGACGUGGUAAAAACGAUAGUCCGUCGAAUUCUACAAUCCUACCACUUUCGAAUCCGGUCGUUGUUGAUGGUAGUAAUAUUAGUAGUGAUGGAAGUCAGGCUGAAAAGGGAUCUAAUAAAUCAACUACCACCGGCGCUACUUCUGCUUCUCCGCAAAGUAUUUUUAGCGUGUUAUAUAGACGGAUGACUACGCUUGGAAAAUCUUCGACGGGGGGUAUAGAUGACGACGAUGACGAUUUUGAAACAGUUCGAGAAGCUUUACGACGGCAGUUUUCUUCGAAACCUAAACGGAAGAAGUCGAAACGUUCGAAACGUCCUGUCGGUUCUAAUACCUCACCAAAUAACAGUAAUAACCAUAAUAACAACAAUGGUGGAGGUGGUGAAACGAAGGAUACCGCAGAAACAGACUCCCUAGACGACGAAAUGAGUCUAAACCAAGACUACGACUCCGAUGAUUCCUCCUACUCCGACGUCUUCGAAUGCAACGAAGCCGAAGAAAACUACAAUGACAUCCAUUAUAAUCCACACAUGCUCCGUCUCUAUAUCUGGUUAAUAAUGACCCACGACGGUACCGUGAUCUCCAUCCACGAACCCAUCCCACCCAUGAAAAAGGAAAUUACAAAUCCCAGGGAUAUCAAAGAUACUAUCUCACAUAUUAGACGGAAUGUCCGGGUGGUGUUGAGGUGUCUUUCCAAAGCUGGGUUGGCGAAGAAGAAGAGUGGGAGUAAUGAUGUUGAAGUGGCGAUGGAACAGGGGGCUAUGGUUGUUCGGAGGACGGUUGGGGAGGCGAGGGAUUUGUUGUUUUAUUAUUUGUUUGAUGAUUGGUAUGCUAGUUGGAGUUUGGCGGUUGAUAGGGCGCAUCCUUAUAGUAAGGAGUUGAAUGAGAUUAGAGGAGAAGAUCCGAUGUUAGAUCAUAUUGAUAAACUCCAUGAUAUUGCGAGAAGAUUGGCGGGGUUGAAGAGGGUUUAUAAUAGCUAUGAACUGAUAUUGAAUCAGUUGUUGGAGAAUAAAGCAUACUUUAAGGAACCGGCAAAUAAGUGUUUUAGUAUAUUGUCUAUGAACCGGUUCGAAAGGUUGAAGCAUCGGAUUUCACAGCUUGCGAUAAGUGAGAUUGAGGAUUGUGAGAAGGAGGCUAAUGGGUUGAUUUCCUUGACCUACAACCGCCUCAACUUCCGUGAAACCAAAGCCGUUGAAAAACUCUCACUACUAUCGGUAGCUUUGGCCAAAGUCACGAUGGUAUUCCUUCCGAUAUCUAUCGUGAUGGGGUACUUUGGAAUGGAAGAGGUUCAGGGAAUAAGUGGUAUGUACAAUGCACGAAACUUUUGGACGGCAGCUGGGACGGCGUUCGGGUUGACGUUGGUGUUUUUGUGGUUUAUUGGGGGCUUUGGAGGGAAUUUUGAGGGGAUUGGAAGGUGGGGGGUUGUUAGGAGGUGGGUUAAGAGGAGGGAGGAGGCCGGGAGGAGGAGGUAUGCGUAUGGUGGGAGGUAUGGGUAUAGGAGGAGGGAGUAG